UCCAAGUUGGAAGGGAGUGAGGCUGUGAAGAACUGUCCGCCGAUUGUGAAAGGGGAGGCGCGUGAAUUUCUCCGCCUCCCUCUCUCUUAGACAACUGCUUCCAUUUUCCGCCAUUAACGACCUUCUCUUUCCCCACGCGUCUCUCCUUCUUCUUCUCCAUCUCUUCCUCUUUCACUCAUUCGUUCACUUCACUGGCUUACUCCCUUUCCCCAUUUUCUGCUUGUGGGUAAUUUCCAGCUCCAUUUCAAAGCCACUGCUCUUCAUCUCUUUCCCGAUCACCCCUCUUCUUAAAGCUUAGCCAAAUUCCAUCUUCCCACUUCAUGCCUCAUUGACUAGCAGCGGCUACUGGCUGUUUUCGUGAUGUUCAAACUCUUAUUCAGUAAGGAUGUUCGCAAGAUUCUCAAGCGCAAGGAUAGCGAUGCCGGCCAUAGGGGAAAAUCUCUCGAGGAUUUGCGAGGAUCGUUAUUUAGCAAAUUUCGCACGCCUGAAGGUGCCAAGCGUCAGCAGCAACGUUCUUGCGGUCCUUCUGUUGCUCUUACAUUCAAUUUCUUCGUUGCAGUUAGUAUUAUUUUCAUGAAUAAAUUGGUGCUUAAGACUGUCGGCUUUACGUUUCCUAUAUUUCUCAGUUUCAUUCACUAUUUCAUUAGCUGGAUAUUGAUGGCUAUUUUCAACUUUUUCUCUGUUCUUCCUGCAUCUCCUCUAUCCAAGACUACCCGUUCAUCGACUCUACUUACACUUGGUUUAGUUAUGUCGCUAUCUACAGGGCUUGCUAAUGUGAGCUUGAAGUAUAAUAGUGUGGGGUUUUAUCAGAUGGCAAAGAUUGCUGUAACUCCAUCAAUUGUACUGGCAGAGUUUAUAUUAUAUGGAAAGAAAGUUUCUUACUCCAAGGUCCUAGCCCUUGUAGUGGUAUCUAUUGGUAUUGCUGUGGCUACGGUAACUGAUCUGCAGUUUGAUCUCUUUGGUGCUUGUAUCGCAUUGGCGUGGAUUAUUCCUAGUGCAGUUAAUAAGAUUCUUUGGUCCAGUCUGCAACAGCAGGAGAAUUGGACAGCCAUGGCGUUGAUGUGGAAGACGACACCGAUUACAUUAUGCGGUUUCAUUGCUUUAAUACCUUUCUUAGACCCGCCUGGUUUUUUAUCUUUCAAUUGGAGCUACUAUAAUACACUGGCUAUUCUGCUGUCAGCAAUUCUGGGAUUCUUGCUUCAGUGGUCUGGUGCCUUAGCGCUCGGGGCUACCUCUGCCGUCAGCCAUGUUGUACUCGGACAGUUCAAAACAUGCGUGAUUCUUCUCGGGAAUUACUACCUGUUUAAUGCUGAUCCUGGCAAAACUAGUUUAUAUGGCGCAUUCACAGCUAUAAUGGGUAUGUCUGCUUAUACCUACCUUAACUUGAGACAACAGCAACAGACCAAAACAUCUAAACAACAAGCCUCCUCUUUUCCAAAAUCUAAGCUUAGCAAGGAAAAUGGAAGCACCAAUGACGAGAAGUUAGGGGAGGAGUCUGUUUGAGCUAAGAAGUUAAAGAUAUCUGUUCAUACUUCGCCGGCGUUUCAUUCAUUCGUUUUCUGUGCUAACCCUUUCAUUUCUUUGCAGUUAUAGAUUAGGGAGAUAUCCAUGUUAAUAUAUGAGUGCACUACUUGAUUUUUGAUUGCUUAGAGAAAAGCCCUUUCUUUUUUUGUU